UCGCUCGCUCCGUGCCGCUCUCAGGCCGUCCGGUUCGGAACAAGAUCCCGUGAAAUAACGGGGGGCAAAACCCCACCCCGGGAUUACCCACCAUGGAACCGAACUCGGAGUGAGCCGAGGCCGCCGCCAUGAACGACCGGUACCACCGGGCGGCCCGGGACGGCUACCUGGACGUGCUGAAGGAGGCCACACGGAAGGACCUGAACGCCCCGGAUGAGGAUGGGAUGACACCGACCCUAUGGGCCGCUUACCACGGCAACCUGGAGGCGCUCCGGCUCAUCGUGGGGAGAGGAGGUGACCCUGACAGGUGUGACAUCUGGGGAAACACGCCGCUCCACCUGGCCGCGGCCAACGGCCACCACAACUGCCUGUCCUUCCUUGUGGCUUUCGGUGCCAACAUGUGGUGUCUGGACAACGACUACCACACCCCGCUGGACAUGGCCGCCACCAAGGGACACAUGGACUGCGUGCGCUACCUGGACUCCAUCGCCGCAAAGCAGAUCACGCUCAACCCCAAGCUGGUGGGGAAGCUGAAGGACCGGGCGUUUCGGGCCGCGGAGCGCCGGAUCAAGGACUGCGCGAAGCUGCAGAGGAAGCACCGAGAGCGGAUGGAGAAGAGGUUCAUGAAGGACUCGGCCGCCUUAGACAACAUGGACGCCAUUAGCUUCUCGAGCUACACCAGCGGCAGCACGCUGAGCCGCAAGUUCAACACGGUCACCUCCAACGUGCCAUACUCACAGGCCACGCUGUACUCCACGUCCAAGGGGAAGGCCAAGAUCCAGAAGAAGCUGGAGAAGAAGAAGCAGGUCGACGGGACGUUCAAGAUCUACGAGGACGGCAGGAAAAGCGUGCGCUCGCUGUCCGGCCUGCAGCUCGGCAACGACGUCAUGUUCCUCAAGCAGGGCACGUACGCCAACCCCAAGGAACGCUCGCGCCUAAACAUCCGGGACAUGUUCCCUCGAGAUGGCGACGAUGACGACGCGGACACCGUCUCCCGCGCCUUGAGCGACCCGGGUCUGUAUGACGCCGCUUACUCCGAGAUCAGCGCUGACUCUGGACGCGACUCCCUGUUUACCCGGCCCGGGCUGGGCACCAUGGUGUUCAGGAGGAGCUACAUGACCAGAGGGAUGUUUGGAACGGGCGCCGAGGGGAGCGUGGCGGGAAGCGAACCCGUGGGACGGGCACCUAACGUUCGCCUACGAGGACAGCUGCCUCGACGCUCGCCGAGCUUUGACGAGGACAGUAUCGGCAGCGCUCUGAGCCUGCAGGAGAGGAACCUCCAGGAGCUGCCCUGGGAGGAGGCCGACAUGAGUCUGGACGAGGACUUCGAGCCGGAGAGCAGUCCUCUGGAGACCUUCCUGGCGUCUCAGAGCCUCGGGGAGUUCAUUCAGAUCUUCAGGAGGGAGAAGAUCGACCUGGAGGCUCUGCUGCUCUGUUCAGAUCAGGACCUCAGCAGCAUCCACAUCCCACUGGGGCCCAGGAAGAAACUUUUAGACGCCUGUAAGAGACGUCUGGACACCUUGGACGAACCAGAGGCCAUCGAGGACACUGAGCUCUGAAGCUCGGUCAGUGAAGGCAACGCGGAGACAGCUCGGUCAGUGAAGGCAACACGGAGACAGCUCGGACAGUGAAGGCAACACGGAGACAGCUCGGACAGUGAAGGCAACACGGAGACAGCACCAUGGUCAGUGAAGGCAACACAGAGACAGCUCGGACAGUGAAGGCAACACGGAGACAGCUCGGUCAGUGAAGGCAACACGGAGACAGCUCGGACAGUGAAGGCAACACGGAGACAGCACCAUGGUCAGUGAAGGCAACACAGAGACAGCUCGGACAGUGAAGGCAACACGGAGACAGCACCAUAGUCAGUGAAGGCAACACAGAGACAGCGAAGGCAACACGGAGACAGCUCAGUCAGUGAAGGCAACACGGAGACAGCUCGGUCAGUGAAGGCAACACAGAGACAGCUCGGACAGUGAAGGCAACACGGAGACAGCUCGGUCAGUGAAGGCAACACGGAGACAGCACCAUAGUCAGUGAAGGCAACACAGAGACAGCGAAGGCAACACGGAGACAGCUCAGUCAGUGAAGGCAACACGGAGACAGCUCGGUCAGUGAAGGCAACACGGAGACAGCUCGGACAGUGAAGGCAACACGGAGACAGCACCAUAGUCAGUGAAGGCAACACAGAGACAGCGAAGGCAACACGGAGACAGCUCAGUCAGUGAAGGCAACGCGGAGACAGCUCGGACAGUGAAGGCAACACAGAGACAGCACCACGGUCAGUGAAGGCAACACGGAGACAGCACCAUAGUCAGUGAAGGCAACACAGAGACAGCACCACGGUCAGUGAAGGCAACACGGAGACAGCACCACGGUCAGUGAAGGCAACACGGAGACAGCGAAGGCAACACGGAGACAGCGAAGGCAACAUGGAGACAGCUCAGUCAGUGAAGGCAACAGCUCGGUCAGUGAAGGCAACACAGAGACAGCACGGUCAGUGAAAGCAACACGGAGACAGCUCGGUCAGUGAAGGCAUCACGGAGACAGCUCGGUCAGUGAAGGCAUCACGGAGACACAGCUGCAGCUUCCUGCUCUGCAAACUGUAACUCGUGUAUCAAAGAAUGAUUUAUACUUUAGUGAACCCGUUCUUUUAAAAGUUUUGUUUAUUACGUCUUCCUUGUACAGUUUUCUUACAGUUCACAUGUUGUUUUUAUCACAGACACAUGCAUGUUGACCUCUGUUUCAGGGUUCAAUAGCUCAAAGUGACUGUAAAAAAAUAGGGGGGGGGGGGGGGCGUAUUGUGAGGUUAUGUGUGUGCUAGAUAACACUGUUAUCUCAGGUUGCUCAGCAGUAUUUGGUGUCACUGAAGAUCUGUUGGCUGUGCACCCGAGAGAAUGACUGUGCAUGAAUGUUGUUGUUUUUUUGUAUCAGAUGAAACUAAAACCACGAGUAUCUUUUCUAAAAUAAAUGUUAAAAUAUGA